AUGGUUUAUUUAGACCCUUCAUUUCUCUUAAGCCCAACGAUUUGUUCAAUACCAGAUUCUUAUUAUUAUAAUGUGUCUAGGAAUCUCCUGAUAAGAUCUAUCUCGCCUUUAUAUUAUGUGAAGAAUUUACCCAAUGGAUUCAAAGAGCAACAAAUCCCCCCCAGAAACAGUCGCCAGAAGAUCCAUCUCUUGAAUGCAGAAAAGGUUCGAGAGAAAGGAUGUGAUGGAGUUUGUUUGAAACCACUAAAGGUCCCAGAAUCCUCCAUAAAAUUCCUGUUUUUAUGGGAAAAUCCUUGCCUCUUAGAAAUUCAGCCCAUCAAAAUGUUAAAUAGAAAGAAUAUUGAUCUACAGAAGAGCCUCAAGGGUCUGAUGACCCGAGGAUGUAGUGGAGUUGAAAUCUCAAAGUCAAAUCUAGAGGCAAUCUCCCUAAAGGAAAACAAAUGCGAGCUCAGCCAUACCAGCUGGAAAGUACAAGUGAAAACUGAAAGGCCAAAAUACAAGGAAGUCCAUAAUCAUGGAAAGAACAACCGAGAUUCCAGGAAGAGAAAUCCUAAUCCCUAA